ACCACCCCCGUCAAUGGCAACCCCGCACGCUUCAUCCAGGGUCUCUCGUUGUCGGGUGAGGAGUUGAAAGGGAGCUCAGGAGCUUACUCACCAUCUCAAUUCACAUUUACCCGCGCACAACGACAUCUGUUUCUGCGGCUCGACUCGUCUACCAAAGUUGCUCUACUGUAGUGGAACCCAGCAACAAGCCCCAGCAACCAUGUCGGACGAAUUGACCCCUGCCACCACGAGUCCAAUCUCUCUCGAACGCCGCAACAGCCUCGAGAAAGCCAUCCAAAACCGACCUGAGGUCCAUGAGCUUAGAGAGAAGCACAUCUUGCUCAACACCAACGCAGCACCCGCUCUUCAAGCUCAACAGCAGGAGCUACAGCGUCACAAACUCACAGACAGCUUGAACAAAGCUAUUGCUUCACGACCGGAAAAGGAUGAGCUAGUCGAACGCAACAUCCUGCCCGACUCUACCGCCGCUCCUGCACUGCAGAACCACCAGCGCGAGCUCGCCGCUGCUAUGCGUCGUGAUUCCAUCGAGAAGCAUUUGCAGACUCGGCCUUCACCCGCAGAGCUUGUCAAGGAAGGCAUCCUUGAAGCCGACGAAAAUCCAUUGGAUGGACCAUGAUGUCGGCAUAACGACCAGUAAGGGAACACAUUACAAUUUGACGAAGCCGUCAAUGCGAAAACUCGGAAACCAGGGGCUGCAUUUCUAUUAUCGAGGUGAAAACCAUGUUAUCCCUUUACAC